UCUAAAAAGCAAAUAAUGCAUUUGAACAAAAGACUACGCCAAUAUUUCUAAAUAUUGCAGCAUUUCAUUUGCAGCCAAAAUCCAACCAUAACAAUUCCCCACCAGCACCAGCAGCAAAAAACAUAAAAUCAUCCCCCUUAAAAAAUUAUUAGCAUAAUAAUAAUGGAACACUUGUGUGACUAUAUGGAAUUACCUAGUCGAAUUGGAAUCUGGACCAAAUAGGAGUAAUGGUUGCAAAGCUCAACUUCUAUUUUCGGAAUUUAGCAGCAUACAAAAAAAAAUUCUGUAAAUGCACAACCUCCCAACCAUCGACACAUCUAUAGUAAAUGUUGAAGAUAAACGAGGACACAUUGCUCUCAAAUAUUCUUAUUGUACAUAUAACUAUGAUCCAAAAGAGUUAGUAGGAUCGAUGUUAGUUCCCAGAAUACUCAACCACCAAUAAUACAAUUGUUUACCAGUAGUAAUGACUGCUAGAAAAUAGGGAACAGAACCAACAUUGUCACGGUAUAAUCACUAACAAUGAGAGACCAGGUAUCAUUAGGGGUGUGUAUUGUCAAGACUUACUGAUAAAAUGUCCUAUGAGGUAUACCCUUACGAAUAAUUUUCAGUCAUAAUCAUUUAAUACACACUGGAAGAAAUAUUACUACUCU